AUAUUAUAUAUAUAUAUUUAAGAAAUGAAUGUAAUCGCGGAAGCGGCGGUGGCUAUUUUGAUCAAAGGGUGGACUCCAAAAGCGAUAAAGUCAACAGCAGAAACAGUGUCCCAAACUCCCGAAUGGGUGGAGACAAAUUUGAGGAAAGUGAUUGCAGUCUAUGACAAGGCGAUUGGCUCCAAAGUGACCUCUGACUUCACACUGUUCUCUGAGAUAUGUGCGCUGAAUGAUCUCUCGCUCGAGGAAGCUACCUCUAUAUUCGAUAUAUACAAAAACUACGCCGAGACGCUCAAAGUGAUCUUGCAGAACUCAGACUGCCUCCCUCACUACAAGAGUGUAGAAUGGAGACUGGAUGUAAAAGUAGCAUCCAGAACUUGUCUGGAACAGAUGGAACCUCAAGUGAUGAUGAAACUCCACCUUGACUCACCGCCCGAAGUUUGUGUGAAAAAACUAAACAGAACUGAAGAUUGUUCAGCCGACGAGGAGGCUGAACAAAUACUUGAGCCGUUGCGUAAUAAUGACGUAAUGUUGCAGACGGAUCCGAGUAAUUUAGUUCACAUGUGUAGUGUGUUGGAAGAUGCGUUGAACCAGAUUAAGACUUCACAUGUGCGACGUCAUAUCAAGAAUCUGUGAUUUUUUGGUAACAGUAUGACUGAUGGUGCUACUUCUUCUUCUUCGAUAUCUUUAACUCACCCCCUCCCGGUUACAAAGAAGGGAGCGGAUUCGUUACCGUUACUUUUCACCAAUUGGCUCAACUAUUCAAUUAGUCCUUUACAGGGGGUUGAUAAACGCUUCUAAUUGUUUCUAGGUGCCAUAGGGAGCUUGUUAAAAAGAUCUUCCUUCUCUUCUAUAUGUUAGAAUAAUUCAAUUGUUAAUGAAACCAGUAGUUUUUCUUUCA